GUUUCGAAUAAAUCUAAAGUUGAUUAAACUAUGUCGGAAAAUUGUUAGUUUUCAAAAUGAAAAUUUGGAAUUUCUCUACUGUUUUAUGUGUGAUAUUUUUAUGUUAUAUUGGACAUUCAUUCUAUACACUACUGAGGCUCUUCAAAACACCGGCAUGUAGUCAAAAACCUUGUUUUCAGUCAUACCUAGCUGCAAAUCCGCAACUACAGCUUGCCUUGUUUAUGUCCACAAACAGUAAUCCUACUAGCGGUGCCGUCACGAAACUAGAUUCUUUAAGACCAUUUGAUUAUUACAGCAAUCAGCAAAGGUUUAUUCUGAUAGACAUCCCGCCUAAGACUAGAAGAAAUGGGACUUUAUUUUUACACGUCGUACUGAUUAAAGAUAGUGAAAACGUUGAGUGGAAAUCAAUUUCUACGGAUGGUCCUACGGUGAUACAAAAGAUUUGCCUGACGGAAUACGACAUACCUAAAACCACAACAUUUCAUCUGCUAGAACAAUCGGAACAAAAAACGAAACAAAACCGAAAAUUCCAUAAUCCUGUUUCACACAUUCGGACUAAAAUAUUUCUCAAUAUCAUGACGGAACAUUUCGAAAUGUCAGCGGCCGAUGUACCACCAGAACUUGCGUCUCAUAUUCGCAUCAACUACAAAAACCAAUUUCUUCCCAUCAUGCUAAUUGAUUUUCUAAAAACGCGGCAGCAUGAUUUGAAAGAAAUCACAUCUGAAAUGAAAAAUUUUACGUUGGAGCUCAACUACAUCCCAGUGGGUGUCGGACAAUUAAAACUUUUAGCACACGUUCAACAUGCAUUGCAAGCCUUACCUCAUAUGGGUUUCUCUAAAAAAGAUCUUGACGAAGUUAAGGGUAUUUUUUCGGACACAAAUUUGUACCUUCUUUGCGGAACAAUUUUCGUUGGCACUAUUCAUAUUCUAUUCGACUUUCUUGCCUUUAAAAACGACAUUCUUUUUUGGAAACAAAGGAAAAAUUACGUUGGACUAUCUGCAAGAUCUGUACUCUGGUGUGCAUUCAGUCAGAUAAUUAUAUUUCUAUAUUUGUUGGAUGAGGAAACUUCGCUAAUAGUACUGAUUCCCGCUGGAGUGGGGACCAUUAUAGAUUUAUGGAAAACUAAAAAGAUAUUUCGACUCAAGUUAACGUGGAGAGGUAUCCAACGAACAAAUGCUUUAGAACAAAUGGACAUGCUCAUUAAAGCUGAAAAUGAUACCAGAAUGUUUGAUAAACAAGCUAUGAAAUAUCUAAAUUGCAUUUUAUACCCCCUUUGCAUAUGCGGGGCUGUUUAUUCUUUAUUAUACCAUGCUCAAAAAAGUUGGUAUUCGUGGACGAUACACUCUCUAGUAAAUGGAGUUUAUGCUUUCGGGUUCUUGUUUAUGCUGCCUCAACUAUUUAUUAAUUAUAAACUCAAAUCGGUUGCUACGCUACCGUGGAGAGCGUUGAUGUACAAAGCUUUUAAUACCUUUAUAGAUGAUAUUUUUGCAUUUAUCGUGACAAUGCCUACUUCUCAUCGUAUAGCAUGUUUCCGUGAUGACGUCGUGUUCAUUAUAUAUCUCUUUCAAAGAUGGCUGUAUCCUGAGGACAAAUUGAGAAUGGAUGAGAGUUCAUACUUAGCCGCUGAUAUUGACGGUGCCGAUUCAAUUACUGUUGCUCAAAAUUCCAAAAAACAUAAUUAAAUAGUAAACUUCAACGUUAAAUUUCAAGCAUUCCAUCCGAAACAGUUAUUAUUUACAUUGUUAACAAA